ACCUAGGAAUUAAAGAAAAACAUUAAAGGAGAUUUCUUUGGCUACUGCUUUUGUAAGAAUACUGUUAAGGACCAGUGCUUGAAUUACCCUCUCGUUUGCCAAAUUUAAAUGCUCCCAGGUUGGAUUCUGCCCUGCCUUUUCAGAGCACAGAAACAGCAGAACAGCAGUGACAGACCUGAGUAAACCCUGCACCAUUCAAAACAGAGCUACAAUCUCUCAACUACUACUUGGGUAGAGCUGGUAAAAUUUUUUCUUUUUAAAAUCAAGUCCCAGCAGUAGUAAACACUGUUUACUGAGCAUGGGCCUAUGUUGGUGGUAUGUCAGUGGAGACUGAACCUUCCCACCAAUAUUCUAUUGCACUUGGUUACUGUGCUACCGAUAGCAGCAGAGAGGCAGUCUGGCACAAUGGCAUCUGACGUGGAAGUAAAAAAGGUGUAAAGAUGUGUCAUUGAAUUUCUCCAUGUGGGAAAAAUGGCACCCACUGACACUUACUGAACGUUUGUGGAGACCAAACAGUGGAUGCAAGCACAAUGAGGGGGUGGGUGGUGCAUUUCAGCAGCUAUAAUGAAGACAUGAAAGAUGAGCCAUGUUCUGGAUGGCCAUGCACAGCUGUCACACCACAAAAUGAAAAGUAUUUUGAUCAGUUCAUCUGUGUGAACUGGUGGGUUAUUACCAUGGAACUAAGUAUGCUGCUGAGGAUCGACUUCAAUAUAUUGGAAACAAUGAUAGUAAUGUUGGAAUAUUGCAGUUUGCAUCAGGUGGGCCACACAAAUGCUCACACAAGAACAGAAGGAACAUCAUGCACAGGUUUGCCAGGACCUAUUGAACAAAUAGAAGGCUGAAGGUGAGAGUUUAAUGGAUUGUAUCAUUACUGAUGGUAACAUGUGAUGUCACUGCUAUGAGCUAGAGUCAAAAUGGCAGUCCAUGGAGUGGUGACGUGAAUUCCCCAUCAAAGAAAAAGUUCAAGAUGCAGCCCUCAGUGGGUAAAGUGAUGUGCACUGUCUUUUGAGACUGGAAAGGGAUUAUCCUGGAUUUCCCAGCACCUGAACGAGUCAUUAACUAUGUCUUCUACAUCAUGACGCUGAAUAAGCUGAAAGCUCAAGCUUCCGGAGUCAGGAUGGAGAAGAAGGCAAUCUUCCUCUUGCAACAAGAUCUAUUCUUGAAGCUUGCUGACCUAUAACUAAAGUACGACCUGGAGAGCAGAUUGUGCUUGAUUUCAGUGACUAAUCAAAGUUGUCAGCUAUACAGAUGUGAAGGUCUACGUACAUCUGCACUAUUACCAAGUGACCUGGGUUUUCUUCUUGCAGCUGACCGGAGAACUAAGUGCUUGCUGUGCAACACAGAUUGUAUAUUUGGAAAACAAGUCUAUAUCUACACAAGUGUAUGGAUUGAGAACAGUCAUUGUUUUGAUAGAAGAGAUGGAAAAAUGAAGUGAGAAACUCAUGAAGAAGAUAUAGAACUGUUCUGAAGAGCUUCCUUUACAAAUGCUCCUCUUGGGAUCUGGUCUGUCACAUAGACUGGAAAUCGGAAUCAUCCUUCUCUGUGAACAGUUUUCAGAGUUCAAGCAAGAUCACCAACCUGUGAAAUUCAUGAAGAAUCUUCCUGUUUAACUGAAUGUGAAUGAGUCUGAGUCCCCUUAUUUUGGGCAGGAAAUAAGGAAAAAGCAUUCGUGUGAAUCAGAAGGUAUGUUGUGAUGUGAUGACUUCUUCAGAAGAUUACUUAAAGAAAGCCAUGAAGGAGAUGCCUUAUCUAAGAAUGAAAGCAUGGUGACUUCUGAAUAUUACAUCACCAAAUGAGGAACCCACAAGCAAGACAUAAUUUCUACUUGGCGGCACCUGACUUGCUGGAUCCCAAAUCGGCCACUCAGAACUCCAAACCGAGGUUAUCAUUUUCUACCAAGCCUACCGUGCUCUCUUCACGGGAGGAAAGUGAUUCGGCUAUCAAUGUUAUGAAAUGGAAGACAGUCUCAACAAUUUUUCUGGUGGUAGUCGUGUAUUUAAUAAUAGGAGCCACGGUGUUUAAAGCCCUGGAGCAGCCUCAUGAAACCACCCAGAGAGCCACCAUUGUGAUUCAGAAGCAGACGUUCGUAUCUCAGCAUUCCUGUGUGAAUGCGACAGAGCUUGAUGAACUGAUUCAGCAAGUAGUGGCAGCAAUAAAUGCAGGAAUCAUACCUUUAGGAAACACAUCUACUCAGAUCAGUCACUGGGACUUGGGAAGUUCCUUCUUCUUUGCUGGCACUGUUAUAACCACCAUAGGCUUUGGAAACAUCUCCCCACGCACGCAAGGUGGAAAGAUAUUCUGUAUCAUCUAUGCCUUACUGGGAAUUCCUCUGUUUGGUUUUCUCUUGGCUGGUGUUGGAGAUCAACUAGGGACAAUCUUUGGAAAAGGAAUUGCCAAAGUAGAAGAUACCUUUGUUAAAUGGAACGUGAGUCAGACAAAGAUUCGCAUUAUUUCAACAAUAAUAUUCAUACUCUUUGGCUGCGUGCUGUUUGUCGCUCUUCCUGCAGUCAUAUUCAAGCACAUAGAAGGCUGGAGCACGCUAGAUGCAAUUUACUUUGUUGUUAUCACUUUAACUACCAUUGGAUUUGGUGACUAUGUUGCAGGAGGAUCAGAUAUUGAGUACCUAGAUUUUUAUAAGCCAGUGGUGUGGUUCUGGAUCCUUGUUGGACUUGCUUACUUUGCUGCUGUUUUGAGUAUGAUUGGAGACUGGUUAAGAGUCAUAUCAAAAAAGACAAAAGAAGAGGUGGGGGAGUUUCGAGCCCACGCUGCAGAGUGGACAGCCAAUGUCACUGCGGAGUUCAAAGAAACCCGAAGGCGCCUGAGCGUGGAGAUCUAUGACAAGUUCCAGCGGGCUACCUCCAUCAAAAGAAAGCUCUCUGCUGAGCUCGCUGUCAACCACAACCAAGACCUGACCCCCUGCAAGAGAACCCUGUCAGUCAACCAUCUCACCAGUGAGAAGGACCUCUUGCCAGCUCUAACAAAGACAGACAGCAUUUACAUGAAUGGUUUGACACCGCACUGUGCAGCAGAAGAAAUAGCUGUCAUUGAAAAUAUUAAGUAGCUGUGACGUUGGGUCCCAGUCCUUGAGAAGCUCUUGGCUUAGACUAGCCAUACACCCUUUUUUCUCCGCCCUGUCAAAGAUCAAUGCUAAUAGCAUUUUAUAUGUGUGCAUGAGUUCCACAGAAACUGCAAUCCAGAGUUACCAUCGCAUCUCUUCAAAGACACAAAGAUGAAUGGCACUUCUGUUAUCGAAAGAUGCUGGAACACGCAACGUCUUCUGCCUUUAUCUGCCCAGACUGUUUUUCACUUCUCCUAAUGUGCCAUAUGGCCUCAAGAAUGAAUCACACUUGUUUAUGGUAACAAUGUAGCUUUGAGGGAUCAGUCCUUAAUAUUUCAGGGUCUACCUUACUGAGCCUAGGAAUGGACCAUUUAUGGACUACAACACAUUUGUAAAUGGCAAGAAAUUCUUAUGCAGCCUUUUACCUAAGAAAUUUUUGUCAGUGCCUUAUCUUUUGGAGAACCAGAACCUCUAAGAUUCCUGUAUAGUUUUGGUUUUUUUUUUCCUUUUUCUUUCUUUUUCUUUUUUCCUUUUAAUUUUAUUUGCACGAGAAGUACAUUUCGUUUGAGCUUUCACUCUUCUUGAAAUGAUGGUGUUUUAAAGGUGUCUGUAUUGAAGAUACCAACCAGCAAGAAUGAAUGCCAAAACUCAACAGUCAUCAAAUGAUGUCCUUAGCUCUGAAUUUAAAGGCACUGCAGUUCUGAAAGUUGCAAAUGUUCCCCAGUAGAAUUUUGUUUUACUCAGAUCCAGCUGAUAUUUGUUCACACUGACCUGGAGGAUCUGCAGACCCUCUUUAGGUCUUUUUAUUUAUUUUUUUUUUUUUCCAAGCAGUGUUCAGCAGAUCUUUUUUUUCCCCCUCUGUGUCAGAUGUACCAAAAAAAAAAAAAAAGUUUAAAAAAAAAAUCAGCUUUUCUAUCACUAAGUUAUUUUGUAGAUGACAAGAGCAAAUAAAGUUGGCUGUUUUGAGGAGAGGCAGGAGAGGCUUUUAAUUGCUGUAUUCUAAUAACCACAUCCAGAAAACAAUGCAGCAAAAUACAACCAUUUUCAGUGAGCGUAAACCUUCUGCCAGAUAUUUGCUCUGCAAUGAGGAUCUUAACUUCCUCCUUAAGUCAAGCCGCACCACACACCAUAUGAUAUUUUACACAGGAGCCCUGCUGGAGUGCUUUCCUGAAUGUCACGCUGUACAGUGGCUGCCUGUGCUGGAGCUGUGACUAAUAUGGGAAUGCGACUGAAACUGGUAUCACUGUGACUCCAUACAUUUCCAGUAGAGAUGGCUCUGAAUAUAAGUGCAGGCAUGAAGAAGAGCUGAGAAAUAGCACAAUCUGAAUACUGAUGAUUGUUCAGACAGGAUAGGCUGAUGAGAAGCAGAUCUAAAGCAGACUAUUGGUUUUCUUUAUUGGUUUUAAGAAAACACCUUAACUUUAAUUUUAUAUCCUCUGUUUUGCUUACAAGUGUAUGUGAGAUUCAGAAGAAAUGCAAGAUGGAGUGGAUAAUUUUGAGUUGUUUUUUUUCUUAUGUUAGUCUACUGUAACAUGGCUGUACAUAACAUGAAUUGAACAGGCCUUAAAGAAUAAUUUAGGCUCUGUGUGAAUUAAAAAGAAUGAGACUUUGCUGAUUGGGCAUGAUUCAAGUGGCAAAUCUUACAGCAUCUCUGACCAUUAGAUAACAUGCAAGAUAUGAAUGUUAAUGUUUUUGGAUGCUUAGCUUGUUUUCUAAUAAAUAUAAAUUAAUAUGUAAAUUCAGUCAACUCAGUGUAAAUAUCAGUCAAUUAACAUUUAUAGAGAGUACGCUUUUAAAAUUAAAGAAAUUCCAUGAAACAGCACCGAGCAAUGCUCUUAUAACAAAGACCUUCGUCUCCCCAGCACAGUGUUCUGAAUGUCCACAUGGCAAGAGUUUGUCUUGCCGUGUAUAAACUGUGAAUUGUAAUGAAAAAUAAAGUUUUUAAUUAAAGUAAGCUUUUCUGAA